AGAAAACAAUGAAAUGUCUGUGCUGAAUAUCGUGCGGCCUGACAUUUGAUUUUCGCUCAACGCAUCCACCUCACAAAACACCGACACUUCUUGUCGUUCUGCCUUGCACCUCUUCCACGUUUCGUUUUCAUUAUCAGUCACUGCACGAACAGGGACUUUUGGCUGUCAUCUUGGAAAACGGAAAGAAGUAGUGCCACGUCGCGGAAUAAACGACAGCAGCAGCUUCUUCAAUCACUGGCUCGACACGACGGCAAUUUUGUUUCUGGGAAAAGGAAAACCAGUAGUCAUUGGCCGCCUCUCCCCAAGAUGAACCAUGAUGCGCAAAACGAACAGCUGCUGGAAGUAACGGCACGUAAAACAAAACGGCUGCUGCUUCUGCGCAGCGCGUCCGCGGUCAACGGCAUCCGCAGCUUCAGUCGUGCUCUCGGGAUUGCCGACGACUUGGGUGGCAAGCAGAUCAACGAAGAAGAAUUCAAACAGGCUCUUCACGACAACAACGUCUCUCUCGCGCAGCACGAAAUUGUCAACGUCUUCACGGUGCUUGACCGCGCCGGCACGCACACCAUCGACCCGACAGAGUUUAUAGCCGCCAUGUACACGGACAUCAGCCCCCUUCGGCGAGUGUGGCUGCAGCGAGUGUGGAGGCUCUUUCUCAAGGAUCCACAAAGCGGAGCGGCGGCGGUGGCGGAGAUGCACAAGCUGUUUGUGCCCGAAGGCCACCCUUCCGUGCUACGUGGUGAGACGUCCGCAGACGCCAUCCAGCAAGAAUUUGAGGCCACCUUCAACAGCGAAACGAACCCCGAUGGGCGAGUGAGCCGGCAGGAGUUUAUGGAGUACUACGCCGGUGUGUCCGCCUCCUGCAACGAUGACAGCUCCUUUGUAGCGCUUCUAAGAGGGGUCUGGACUCUUCCCGGGGUGUCGGACAGCUUCACCGCCUCUCUCGCCACUGGUGAGGCGCACUACCAAGGUACCUAUCACACAGAGCAGACGCUCGAGCAGAAGACGGAGGUGGCGCGACGCGAGGAGAUGCGCGCGGCCCUGCUGCACGUCAUCAAAACGCAGCACACCCCCGCGGCGCUCAGCAGCGGCGUGGCCGCCCGUGCGAUUUGUCUGUCUCUUGCCGAGAUCGACACGACGAACAGCGGCUUUGUUAGCGAGGGCGACUUCAUCGCGGCGCUGCGGCAGCAUCGACUCUACGUGCGGGACACGGCGUUGUUGAGCUGCCUCGACACGAACGGCGAUGGCUCGGUGGACAUCUUUUACUACGAGACUCUCUUGCUGUCCACACUGCCACCGGUGCGGCUCAUGUUGCUGGAGCGGCUCUGGGCACAGCGCUUUACCAAGAAGGACACUGCGUACUGCGUACCAGUGCAGGAGUUCCAUCGACUGUUUCACGCCUCCAGCGCGAUCGACAAGGAUGACUUCCUCACCGCCUGGGAUGUGCGGCGUGCGCGCGACGGCAAGGUUGCCUUUGAGGAGCUCUUGCAGUGGUACAUCCCGCAGAGUGCGCUGGUGGAGGGCGACAAGGGGUUCGUGGAACUGCUUCACCGGCAAUGGGGUGAGUAUGAGUGA